AUGACUAAGCAUUUGAAAAAGGGUGGUCACAUGGAUGUGAUUGAACGGAUAUAUAACGAUCUUCCUGCAUUCACGGACAUAUUUACCGAAGAAACGUUCUACAUCUUCGCCAUUUGCUUCGCAUUGACAACUAUAUUGGUGGCAUUCAUUUCAUCAAAGUUCAUUACAAUAAGACCUAUCGAUUGAAUUUUAUUUUUCUGAAUGCCCAUUUGCCUUUAUUCGUUCAUCACAUUCAAAUUGUUCUACUAUCAUUCAACACACUUUUCUAUGCCUGUACUUCCCUUGUGUUUUCAUACGUUCGGAAUUACAUAGAACGAUAUACAGAAGAAUAAAAUAAUAAAAGCAUUUUACAUACACAAAAAAACUA